AUGCAGAUUUUGCCACUAUUUAGCAAGCAUAAGGUGGUGCAUUUCCAUAAGACAGAUGCUUGUUUGGCAAACAAUGGAAUUUCACUAGAUCUUCAGAGGCUCAAAUGUCGUGUCAACUUUCAGGCUUUAAAAUUUACUCCUCAGAUCGAGGCUCUGGGGAACAAAUUAGUCCACCUCCUUCGAGAUAAGGGGCCUUUCAUGGCUUUGCAUCUGAGAUACGAGAUGGAUAUGUUGGCUUUCUCUGGAUGCACCCAAGGUUGUACAGCAGAAGAAGUUAAAGAGCUCAAGCGAACGAGGUAUGCAUUCCCCUGGUGGAGGGAGAAAGAGAUUGUAUAUGAGGAAAGGAGAUCACAAGGUCUGUGUCCUCUGACUCCGGAAGAGACAUCGUUAGUUUUACAGGCACUAGGUUUUGACAAAGACACGCAGAUUUACAUUGCAUCUGGAGAAAUCUAUGGCAGCGAACGGAGAUUAGCCACAUGGAGGGCUGCAUUUCCAUGGAUUGUGAGUUAA